GAAGGUAAGUUUUUAUUUCCGUCCUGUGUAGGAAGUUGCUCUCGAAACUCAUCUCUCAUUUGUCAUUUUCACGCCGGUCUCAUCGGUUUUAUCGGACAUUGUAAAUUGGUUUGACACAGCAAUUUUUUUAAAUUUUCAACAAGAUGCCUCUCCAGCUGACCAAACAAGCUCCUCAGUGGAAGACCACGGCCGUCGUCAACGGCGAGUUCAAGGACAUCGCUCUGUCCGACUACAAGGGGAAAUACGUUGUGCUGUUCUUCUACCCCCUGGACUUCACGUUCGUGUGCCCUACCGAGAUCAUCGCUUUCUCGGAGCGCGCGGACGAGUUCCGCAAGUUGGGAUGUGAGGUGAUCGCCGCCUCCACGGACUCGCACUUCACUCACCUGGCGUGGAUCAACACGCCCAGGAAGCAGGGCGGUCUGGGACCCAUGAACAUCCCCAUCAUCAGCGACAAGUCGCACCGCAUCGCCCGGGACUACGGCGUGCUCAACGAGGAGUCCGGGAUACCCUUCAGGGGACUCUUCAUCAUCGACGACAAACAGAACCUCAGACAGGUCACCGUCAACGACCUGCCCGUGGGGAGGUCAGUAGACGAAACCCUUCGCCUGGUGCAGGCGUUCCAGUUCACUGACAAGCACGGCGAAGUGUGUCCGGCCAACUGGAGGCCGGGUGCCAAGACCAUCAAACCUGACAGCAAGGCUGCCCAGGAGUACUUCGGAGACGUCAACUAAACGCUCAUUAUAAUAACCAGUUGUAGCCGGCCACAACUGGCUAACACACCAUAACCCGGCUACACCUAGCCAUUUAAUGGAAAUAGUUAAUUUAUGAACCCUUCAGUAUGUGAUAAUUGUUUGUAUGUAGUGUUGUAUGCGAGUCUCCGCCAGCGCGCGUCGCAGCGCAGGAUUCCCAUCCGACAGUACUAAGGCUGUUAUUAAAUAUAUGCGCCGA